AUGCCAGAUGAACUUCCUAAACUUGAUGACAAUACUGCUGAAUACAUCCGUACUGGUCUUACUGAGGCAAGAAAAGGUGGAAGAGGUGCAGGUGGACGUGGUGGUUGUGGCUAUGGGCGUGGGCGAGGUCCGGGUGGAGCUAAUCGAGACUUUACAACAAUGAUGAUGCAUUUGUCAAUGACAAUGGAGCUGCCAUGGGACACAAGGAGGAAAGAGACAGACCAACUGAGAGGCGUGGAGGUUAUGGUGGUCCUCAUGGUGUUUAUAGUGGAGGAAGACACUGAAGCUUUGGUAGUGGAGAAGUUGCUGAUGAGGAAUGCCCUCGGAGGAUUUAUGAACGCCGUAGUGGCACUAGGCGGGGGUGAGCGUGAACUUAAACGUGAUGGUGCUGGUCGUGGAAAUUGGGUCACUGCUACUGAUGAGAUUACUCAGGUGACUGACGAACCUGUUGUGGAAAAUGAAGCAGUUGUAGCAGCUGAGAAGCAAGCAGGAGCAGAGGAAAUAGUUGAUGUUGAGAAGGAGAACCCAAAAAAGGAGGUUGAAAAAGGGGAGCCAGAAGAAAAGGGCCUUCUAUUUUCUAACUUCCAUAUCUUUCUUUUUCCGCUGUCCUUUCUUUUCUGCCUUGGGUUUCACUUCAUAGUCACAAAUUUCAAGCUGCAAUUGGUGCCUUUGCCUAAGCUUAAUUUGAUGGGGAUUUUUUUUGACAGUAGUAGUACUCCUAGAAUUUUCUUGAUCUGUGCAUGCGAAGAGACAUCAAACUUCUAA